GGAGGAGGACACUGUCUGAAGGUAUGAAGGCCGUCGCAGACGUCCACCUGCUCCCAGCACUGAGUGAAGUCCCGUGGAGUGAGGUUCAUUCAUGCAAAUGGAGCGUCUCCAGGUGUGGGGAAUCUUCGGCCUCAUCAUCCUCGCCGGUGCCCAGAGCACCACACACAGCCCCGACCCUCAGCCCUCCUACCUGCUGUUGGCCCCCGGAGUCCUCCGCCCCGGAGUCCCAACAUCCGUGUCCAUCACCAUCCUGACCGCCUCCUCUGUCAAUGUGUCUGCCUACAUCAUUCACGGCAAACAGACUGUGGCCUCAGACAUCGCUACUGUCCAGGGAGGUGCAACCAAGCUGCUGACUUUACCAGCUAUCGGCCAGAGCGAGUCCAGCUACUGGCAGCCGUACCGCCUGGAGGUUAAAGGUCAAAUGGGCAGGACCGAGGUGUUCUCCAACUCAACGCAGCUGCACUUUGACCCCAAAGGCCUGUCCACCUUCAUUCAGACAGACAAACUGAACUACAUGCCGGGGCAGGCAGUGAAGUUCAGAGCGGUGUCCAUUCACCCCGACGGGAAACCCUACGUCAGCCCGGUGGACAUCAUCAUCAGAGAUCCGAGGGGGAACAUGCUUAGUCAGUGGCUGUCCCUGGACAGCGUCCUCGGGGUCGUGUCCCAAGAGUACCAACUGUCUGAAAACCCGCCUCUGGGUGAAUGGACCAUCAUUACUACAGUCGAGAGUUUUUCAACCGAGAAGAAUUUCAACGUGGCUCAUUAUGUUCUGCCAAAGUUUGAAGUUGUGAUUAACGCUCCAGAUGUCAUUUAUAAAGAGGACACUCUGUGGGGCUCCGUCACAGCAAAGUACAUGUACGGAAAACCUGUUCAGGGACACAUGAAUAUAACGUUCCUCCACAACCUUUAUGGUAUUGAAAAGGCUUAUGAUGAAGAUAGAGAGAUCGCCGGCAGCACAGACUUCAUGUUUGACGUUCCCAUCUACCACUACCCCAUGAGCGAACAAGCUUUUGAGAUGUUCUCCUAUGAUGGCUACAUGGAUGAUCAGUAUCUAAUGAUCAAUGUUAAUGUGACUGAGCAUCUUACAGGUCUCACAUAUAACAGUACGGCAAAGGUGUUUUUGGCAAGGUACAGAUAUAAAGUUUCUUUUGAUGGCUAUUCCAAAGUAUUAAGGCCCUCUCUGAACUUCACUGCCAGGCUAAAAAUAUCUACAUACAACGAUAAGCCACUGUCACCAGAGGAUCAACAGAAGAUUGUUAAAGUGUCAGUGAUGCAACAAAAGCAAAGUCCGUGGAGUAUGCAAAUGGCCAAGGUGGAGGGAAUGGUGCCUCGUCUAUUAAAUAUUUCGGGCCCUUCAAAAGUUGUGCAUCCAGAGGAGAUGCUGCCCGAAGAAAUGGAAUUUCCUGUCCCUGCAGAUGGAGUCAUACCCCUCAACAUUCAGCUCAUGAAUGAAACGGAAACACUCACGAUUGAUGCAUAUUUUGAGGACAGUCAUAACACUCUACAACUCUAUCGAAGGUACACAUCCCCCAGUGACUCCUACCUGCAGAUCCAGAAACCCUCCGGGCCUUUAGUGGUUGGUUCACCCCUCCUGCUGCACAUUGACAGGAAUUUUAAAAUGACUGAGAUUCACUACAUAGUGAAGUCCAGAGGGCAGGUAGUUUCUGCUGGGAAAAGCUCUGGUGUUGUAACUCUGAUCCCAGAAAUCACCUGGGCUCCUCUGGCCUGCGUCAUCGUCUACUGUGUGCGUCCCAACGGAGAGAUCAUCAAUGACGUCAUGCAGAUACCCAUCACCCAAACUUUAAAAAACCAGGUGUCUCUGAACUGGAGUGACACUACGCGGCAGCCAGCUGACGAGGUCACACUGAGGGUCGCGGUGUCGGAGCCCGCCUCUCUGGUCGGCAUCCUGGUGGUCGACAAGGCAACCAAGUGGAAGGGAUCAUACAAUGACAUAACCAAGGAGAUGGUGCUGAAAGAGAUGAUGGAGUAUGGCGUUUCCAUGGCCGACGCCUACUCUGACAUGAUGACAAUGGGAGAUCCGUACUCCGUCUUCGAGACGUGCGACCUUGUGGUGUUGACUGACGCCAGUUUACACAGUAAAACAACAGACAUUUCACAAAUGGAGCAACAACAGGAGCCACGAGAGCGCUGGAACUUUCCAGAGACCUGGAUAUGGAUGGACACCAACACAAGUAAUUCAAAGUUAUUAGAGAUUCCUUUGACUGUACCAGACAGCAUCACAACCUGGACAGCCACCGCCUUCGUCAUAUCUGAGAACCUGGGCCUGGGUGUCGUAGACAUGCCGGCAGAGCUCACAGUGUUCCAGGAUUUCUUCCUGUCCUUGAACCUGCCGGCCUAUAUCAUCCGAGGAGAGGAGCUGCUGCUGGAGAUCAUUCUGUUCAACUACCUCCCUCAGGACCUGGAGGUCACGGUGAUUGUUGCAGAGAGCGACACCUUUGAGUUUGUCGUCCCGGAUGUUGAGGGGCUGUCCAUGGCCAGUGUUCGCCAUGUGUCUGUGGGGAGUCAGAGUGGAGCGUCUGUCCUCGUUCCCAUCAAGCCACUGGUCCUCGGGGAGAUCCCCAUCUCUGUGGAAGCCGUAUCGGCCGCGGCGUCCGACUUCGUCCACAGGACUGUGCUCGUCAAGGCCGAAGGACUCGAGCAGUCAUUCUCCGCCUCGCUGCUGUUUGAGCAUCCUUCAUCUGGGUUUUCCAGUCAAGACGUCACCUUCACCUUCCCGGCAGAUGUCGUAGAGGGCAGCAAGAGAGCUUCAGUGACGGUUGUCGGUGACAUCCUGGGCCCGUCCAUCAGCGGCCUUGGCUCUCUGAUCCAGAUGCCUUACGGCUGCGGGGAGCAGAACAUGAUCAACUUUGCACCAAACAUCUACGUUCUGCAGUAUCUGAGCGCUGUGGGACAGACGGACACAGAAACCACAGAAAGAGCCACAGGCUACAUGAUAAAUGGUUAUGAGCGAGAGCUGUCCUUUCAGAGAGCAGACGGCUCCUUCAGUGCCUUCGGAGACCAGGACUCAUCUGGAAGCACCUGGCUCUCUGCGUUCGUGCUGAGGUGUUUCCUGCAGGCGCGGCCGUUCAUCAGCAUCGACGUCCAAGUGCUGCAGGGAGCGGCAGCCUGGUUAGGAGACCAGCAGGAAGCUGACGGGAGAUACAUGGAGCCCGGUCGCGUCAUCCACACCGAGCUCCAGGGAGGCCUGGACGGCCCCGUCUCCCUCACAGCCUACGUCCUCAUCGCCCUGCUGGAAGACAGCAACAUCAGGGUUAAGUACGGCAGCCAGGUGUCUGCAGCCCUGAUGUUCCUGGAGACCCGUCUGGCUCUCGGGGUGUCCAGUAACUACAGCCUCAGCCUGCUCACCUACGCUCUGGCUCUGUCCGGCAGCUCUAACGCCGACACCGCACUCAGCCAGCUGAUUGGACGAGCUGAGAUGAGAGAUGGCGUGCCGAUGUGGUCAUCCCCAGACGGCGGCCUUUCGUCGUCGUGGCAGCCGCGCUCCGCAGACAUUGAGAUGGUGUCGUACCUGCUGCUCGCCCAACACAAACUGGGGCACGUCACGCAGGCUCUCAGCCUCAUGAAGUGGCUCAGCCGACAGCGGAACCCCAACGGAGGAUUCGGGAGCACUCAGGACACGGUCGUGGCUCUGCAGGCCUUGUCCACGUUCGCAGCUCGCGGCGGCUCCCACGACUUUGACCUCCACAUCAGAGUGAACACCAACCCUAUGACCACCGUCGCCUUCUUCCACAUCGUCCAGGACAACUACCUGCUGCACCAGAGCCAGCAGAUUGAACCAGAGAAGGAGCUGAACCUGAGGGUGUCUGCAGAAGGUCGUGGACUCGCCCUGUUUCAGCUGAACGUGUUUUACAACAUCAGGAGCGAGGGGCUGAUGAGGAGGCGGCGAGACGCCGGCGAGCUCGAGGCCUUUGAUCUGAACGUCGAGCUGUUUGACACGGAGAUGGUCUCACAUCUGUACAUCUGCAGCAGUCUGUCAGAGGAUCUGGAUCUGGCGGCGACGGGCAUGGCCAUCAUGGAGGUGGGUCUGCUGAGCGGUUUCAGCCUGCGGCAGGACGGCGUCCCCAUUGACCAGGUCAUCAAGAAAGUGGAGACGGUGCCGGGGAAAGUCAUCCUGUACCUGGACUCUGUGACAACGGAGGAGAUGUGUAUACGGAUUCCUCUGGUCGUGGAGUUUAAAGUCGCCAAAGUCCAGGAGGCCAAUGUUGUCAUCUAUGAUUAUUAUGAACCAAGACGGAGGACGGUGAGGACGUACACGUCAGAGUGGAGGAGCGAGAUGUCCUCCUGCUCCUUCUGCGGCGGCGACUGCAGUCAGUGCAGACAAGACGACUAUUAUGACACCAGCGUGAUGUCACACAGCAGCCAAAACGUCCCGAUGCAUGGCUUAACCCCGGCUCUGCUCCUCCUCCUCAUCAUCACCAUCAUGUAAAUAAGUCCAACAGAUGUUCAGCGUAUGCAGAUGUAUACAGUUUACAUACAUUGUGUGACAUGUUUUUUUUUAAAUGCAUUUGUUUUAGUCAUAUAUCAUUGUGUUAUAACUUGAAUGAUUCACUGUGCAACAGAACUGAACACAGCCGCUAAAUACUGCUGAGCUCAAUGUUUAUGUCUCAUGGGAACAUUUAUUAUUGAUACACACAUGCAUAUCCAGGGAGAUUCUCCUACAUGAAUAAUCUUUUAUCAUAUGUGACCUUCUGGUUUCACUGUUUAUUCUGCCUGCCACCUUGCAUUCAUUAAAAUAUGAUUUAUGUUUUUAAGUGCACAACGAUGUAUU